AGCGCGCAGAAUGUGAUUGGCUGAGCAGCCCACGGGAGGCUCCCUUGUAAGGCGGGGCUUCGGAGUGUUUUCAGGACGGGUCAGUCGGACGGUACAGACAGGAGAACAAAACAGUCAGCCAGCAUGGCUAGGAAAAGAACCGACCUCUACGUUUGGGAAAAGCUGCAGAUUUUAGACGAGCUGAAAAACGGCAAGACGCAGAUGCAAAUCGUGCGAGAGCGGGGGAUCAAACAGUCUUCCCUCGCCACGCUGAAGCGCAACGAGGAGAAGAUCCGACAGCAAGCGGCUUCCAGCGAGCACCCGCAGCAGCGGCGCUUCAAGCCGGCCUCCCCGGAGACGGUGGAGAGCGCGCUGUGGAAGUGGUUCAGGUUCAUGAGACCAGCAGACGCGCCGCUAUCCGAUCAAGCAUUGCUCCAACAGGCCGAGGAAAUCGCCCAACGCCUUGGGAUCCGAAACUUUGACUCUUCCAACGGUUGGCUGCAGAGGUGGAAACUUUCCCACAGAGUCGAUUUUAAAGACAUCUCAAGCGAGCGGGCGGCAGUUGUUGUACACGAAACGCUGCAGAGCGCACAGCCGAGUCAAGCAGAGGCCGGUCUGCAACACACACGCGAAUUCCGCCCUGAAACAUCGGAGCUGCGCGGUGCAUGUUCUGUGAAGCAGCAGCUGUGUGACUCUAAUCUGAGCUCGGCAGCGAGUGAUGAGAGCACCCAUCCCUCCCCGUCUCUGCUCCCCACAACCGCCGAGGCGGAGAGGGCGCUGGAGUUGCUGCACCGCUACCUGGAAAUGCACGGCAGGAGGACCGAUGACUUGCGCAGCGUGGCGAAUGCAAUCAACGAAGUGGCGCGGGAGCAGCGCCUGCAGAUGCAGUGCACAGUUGCAGGGCUGAGAAGCUUUCAGGACGAUGUGAAGCUGGACCGCGUUGCUGCCCCUCAUGUUGGGAGCUGUUGGGGGGCCUCUCCCCCUAAUCCUGCCCCCGUGUCUGCAGUGAAGGAGGAGCACACUGGGUGUGACUGGAGCGCCGGGCAUCGCCACAUCGAGGGGCCAUUUAUUUCAGAUUUGCUGGAAGACAUUGACAGCGACUCCCAUCUCGCACUCCCUGAUCCAAACACAGUGGAAACACAGACUGAGGACUGUGAGCAGCAUUCUGCACCACAAGACUCCCACGCGGAGCCUGACAAGCAAGCGGAAGAGAAAAUGAAAAGCCAGCCAGGUGAUAAGUGGCUGGCAAUAGAAUAUGAGAAACUGCAACUGAAGCGUGCCAAACUGGAGCUCCUGCGAGAGCAGGUGGACUUGGGGAGAAGCCAGUCGCAGACCCUGAAAGACAUUUUAACAGCAUUGAAAUAGGUGCUCCAGCUGCCUGCAUCGGAUCAAGGGGUCCCCCGAACCGAAAGCGAGUGGGGGGGGCCUUUAUUAAAAACCAUUUCAAGCAACUGAAAACUGAGCAAAUUUUUUUUUUUUUUUUUGAAAUCUUUACAGAAUGUUCUGGGGCAUCCUUUGCUGAGUUGGAGCACCACUGGUCUAAAUGAGCCCUCCUACACCGCAGUGAACCCUGUGGCUCUCAUGGACUCCUUGCCAAUGCAAUAGGAGCGUGCCUGGAGAGUUCUGGCACUCUGCCGUGUUCUAGAAUGUGGUGCGAUGAUGUCAUGUCGCUGAUUCACAGAGUCUGCACCACAGAGAAAUCAUUGCUGUAUGCUUGCAUUGUAAACCAGUGCUAAAUAACAAGACUAACUCAGGUUGUGGAUGUGAUGGACUGGGAAGUGAUAUUCAAGGAGCACUCUGUUUAAAUUCAAGUGAUUCGGUUUAUUCAUUCAUCAUUUUAAACAAGCACUCAUUUCACACGUUCAAAAACAAAAUCACAACUUUUUAAAAUCGGCUUUUUUUUUUUUUUUCUUUGUAGAAAAUGAUUUUUUAAAAUCAAAAAAUUCCUGUACUGUGUAUAGAAAAAAAAAGAUCUGAAAUCCCAAUAAAAAGAUCAACCAGC